CGGGGCGGGCGCCGGGGACGCCGGAAUGCCAGAGAUUUCCCGAGCCGGUCGGCCCCUCCGCCGCCCGCCAUGCGGCGGCUCCCGCUGCCGCUGCCGCUGCUGCUGGCCGGGCUGGGGCUGGGGCUUGGCGGGGAACCCCUCGCUCCUUCGGGAGCUCAGUGCUUGGAGCACGACUGCUUCGGCAUCUUCUGGGCGGCGCUGCCGUUCGCGGAGGCGAGCGAGGCGUGCGAGCGGGGCGGCGGGCACCUGAUGACGGUGCGCUCCACUGUGGCCGAGGACGCGAUCGCGCUGCUGGUGCAGAACCGCAGCGGGCGGCUCUGGCUGGGGCUGAGCCUGCCCGUCCCUUGCACCGAGCCGGCCAAGAGGCUCCGAGGCUUCCAGUGGGUGACGGGCGAUCGCCGCACCGACUACUCCAACUGGGCGCCGUCGGGGCGGCGGUGCGGGGAGCGCUGCGUGGCGGUGUCGCGGGAGCUGCGCUGGGAGGAGCGGCGCUGCGAGCAGCCCGCCGACGGCUUCCUCUGCGAGUACAACUACGCGGGGAGCUGCCCUCGCCUGCCUCCCGCCGAGGGCAUCCCCGUCGCCUACACCACCCCCUUCGGUGCCCGCGGCGGGGAUUUCCUGGCUUUGCCCCCUCGGAGCGUCGCCGUCAUUCCGGAGAUGGACCUGGAGCUGCGCUGCGAGGAGGAUGGGGAAAGCGGGGUGCUGAGGUGGGGCCACGCCGUCCCUGGGGCUUGGCCCUGCCGCUUGGCCAACGGGGGCUGCGAGGGAGCGUGCAGCGAAGAGGAUGGACGGCCGCGGUGCUCCUGCCCCGACAGCAAGGUGUUGGCACCCGACGGGCGCACCUGCGGCUCGCCCUGUGCUGGGGCGCCGUGCCAGCAUCACUGCGUGGUUGCCGGCUCCAGCUUCCUCUGCAUGUGUGACUCGGGGUACCGUCUGGCCGCUGACGGCAGCAGCUGUGAGGAUGACGAUGACUGCGCUGUGGUGCCGAGUCUGUGCGAACAGGUCUGUGUCAACACCGAGGGUGGCUUCGAGUGCCACUGCCACCAUGGCUACAAGAUGGUGGAGGGGCGCUGCCGGCCUUUUUCCCGCUGCUAUGAGGCACCCUGCAUGCAGCAGUGCGAGGAUGUGCCUGAUGGGUACCGCUGUGGCUGCUCGCCUGGCUAUGCCAUUGACCCACAGGAUCCCACUCGAUGCCUGCUGCACUGCAACCGCAGCCAGUGCGAUGCCGUGUGUGACGAUCACACCUGCGAGUGCCCUGAGGGCUUCUUGCUGGAUGUGGAUGCCGACAAAGGUUUUGUCUGCAUUGACCUUGAUGAGUGCAGCAUGAACUUCUGCCAACAGAACUGCACCAACCACCCUGGUGGCUACGAGUGCCACUGCCACGCUGGCUACCAGCUCCUCAACAAGAACCACUGUGUCAAAACAACAGAGGAGGAGGAGGGGGAGGAAGCAUUCUCAGGAGAUUUCGGGCCUGGACCCCAGACACCCAUCCCCAGCCGGACCCCACCAAAGAUGGAGCAUCUUCACCCUGGCAUGCUGGUGGGCAUUGCUGUGGGUGUCCUCUCUGCGGCCCUGGCCCUGCUGGCCCUGGGGUACCACCUGGCAAAGAAGCGCUGCAGACCCCCCACGACCAUGGAUUACAAGUGCAGUGGCCCCCACGAAAAGGAGAUGGGACUUCAGCCGGUUGCCUCGAGGUGUACCACCUCUGGCCAGAAACUGUAGGGAAACUGGGAUGGACAGAGAGAGGGAGGUGGAUGACACUGAAUAGCAUUUACUUUCCCCCUGCCAAUUUUUUGAUGAUAAAGAGAGUUUGGGAAAAGCUAUGAUCACCCUCCCUUCCAAAAAUACUCACUGCUUUCCAGUCAGCUCUUAGUAAACUCGUACCAGAGAGCGGGGAAAGUAGAAGGCAUGGAGCACUACUCCAUUGUUGCUCCCUUCCCAGACAGUGGCAAGUGUUUGGCUUUCCUUUCCCCAAGGCAGCAGCUGGGUAGUGAGGUCUUCAAGUAAAAAGCAUGAGUGUGUUACAGGAGGGAUGUCUCCACCUGGAACUGUUUAAAUAUACAUCAGCUAUGGGACAAGAACAUGCCUGCCACAACUGGAUGAGUCGUCGUGGACCAUGGAAGGUCACUUGGCCCCAAAUCCCCCUCUCCUCAUCCAGGGGCGAUGAGGGGCUGGGAUUUUCCUGCCUUUGUCUGAGUUUGGUUUAGUUGUUUUUUAAAUUGAUGGGUGAUGGAAGAAGGAGCAAAGAUCUUGUGGUUAGCACUCUGCCUUGCUUCUUUGACCCCCUUUGCCUCCCUUCUCUGCCCUCCUUCGCGUUUUUGUCAGAAAUCUCAAUUUUUGUUUUUCCCACUCCUAUCUUUUGCCUCUCACCUCUGGCAGCUGAGCACUUUUUAUCUUGAAUCAUGAGCGACAGCGGGGACCCUGCCAGUCACCGUGUGUGGGUAAAAUGCCAGAUUUCUAUUCCCUCUUACCAUUUUGGGGUGAUUUUGAGGGGGCACAGAUGUUAAAUAGGGAUACCAAGAAAACCAGGGCGAUUUUUUUCUGUGUUAGGAAAGGUCAUUUGCAGCACUGGGGAACUUUGCAUUUGUUGUUCAAUUUCCUCCAUGACUUUCUGUAACUGUUGGGUUAAACUGUUUGGACUUUUUUCUACAAACCCGCUUAAGCAGCCCCUCCUGUCAAAAGGCUUUUUUUUCCUGGUUUUCUUUUAAUCUUGUCCAGGACUGAGUCUAAUCCAUGUUGAAGCCCAUGACAAAACUUUCCUGGGGGGCAGGAUCUUGUCCGUUGCUUACUUUCCAGCCCCAGACUGUGGGAAAUCUGGGAAAGUAUUUUAUGCUUUUUUUUUUUUCCAGCUACAUCAUUCGGUGGGGAGACAAGGGGCAGCUCGGCAAAGCCAGCGUGCUGCUGGGCAGAGCUGGGGGGUCCUGCUUUGGCAGUCAUGGGGAGGCAAAUCCAGCAUCUGUUGGUGCCAGUACUGGGUAAGCGGUGGAGCGGGUGCUGAAAGCUUUACGCCCAUGAAAUAUCAACCCGCAGUAGUGCUUAGCUUUCCCGCAGAAGUUUUGCAAGCCUGGGGUCAGAACUUGGGAGGGCUGGAUGCUGCAGAAGGGCUGCAGAACUCGGGGAAGGAGAGGGGGGUUGUGUCCCCCUACAUCUUCCCUUACGUGCGGCGUUUCCCCUCCUGCUAUAAUAGAGCUACAUUGCAGCCUCCAAGGAAAAUAAAGACAUUGUAUAAACUGUAGCUUUCCUAAUGUAAAUGGUUCAGCCCACUGUUUUAUACACCCGGCACAUUUGUAAAUACUUAUUUAUUUAUUGGAAAUAUACCCUACGCAAUGCACAAUCACAUGGUGAUUUUGU